AUGGCGCUCAACGGCCUUGACCACGCGAGCAUACAAGAGGCAUUUGCAGCCGCUGCCAACGAGACUGGCGGAUGGUUCAUACUCAAAUAUGUGUCCCGCGACGAAGUCGAGCUCUACGAAAAGGGCACGGGCGGCGUCACAGAAUGCCGCAAUGCUAUCACAAAGUAUGAAGAACCAUCGCCGCUAUACGGCUUCUUGAAAUACCGUCGGCGGAGCGUUGUUGUAAAGUAUAUGCCUGAGGAUUGUUCCCGGCUUAUUCAAGCCCGCGCUGCCGUCCACUUUACCGCCGUCUGCGAGCAGUUCGUCCCGCACGAUACUGUUUUCGAAAUCUCAACUGCCUCCGAUCUCAAAGACUCAAAGCUUUCGUCUGCCUGUUCUUUGCACGCAGCUUCCGGGUCCCAGUCAUCCUCGAGCAGUUCUACUCGCCGGCGCAGGUUAGGCGAGAUAGCGGAGGAAGAGGAAGAAGAAGAGAGAGAGAGGAAAAGACAGUCCGUUGUACAUGAGGAGGACAGACCGUUGAGUCCCGGUCGGCCUUCCGAGUCGAGUGACGGCAGUGCACCAACCAGGGUUGAGAGUCCUGUUGUGCUUGACCCGGAUCAGACCACAUCCGCGGAAUUUGCGACCACGGCAGAUGUUCCAAUUUUUGAAGGUAUCGAGACCCCAAGCUCGCCGACUGCGUCGGAGUACAGUCGGCGCAUGUCCUCGCAAUCUGCACGCACAGAACGGUAUGGCAGCCUGUACAGCAGGCCCAAGGUCAAAUUGGGGCCUCGGCCAUCCCUCGAAGCUACAAAGAGACCUCACACAGCCGACAACUUUCGUCCUACAGCAGCCUUACCAGCAGGCUUCAAAGGAUUCUCGAAAGGAUCAAAGAAGGGCAAAGCGGACGACAAGACCAAUAACGACGAGCACGACAACUCACAACCCGCCAAUCCUGACGUCAGUCUGGGGCAAGCCUUUGUGAUUCCGGAGGAUGCAGCCGCGGACCAUAUUUCACUUCCGCCGCGGCCGGCGACGAGCUCGGGAGCUUCCGUCAAGUCGGUGUCAACAAUCAUGAGUUCAGCAACAAAGGAGAACAAGAUGACACCCGAAAAGGCCCGUCUCAUGAAGGCUAUGAAGAUGCGCGAGAAGAAGAAGAAAAUGAAUAAUGCGCAACCAGGACCUCCCCCCACGCAAGAGUUGCCACCACCGCCCUCAAGAGACGUGGACGGCAAUGCGGAUGCAAAAGCAGAGUCGGCCGAGGAAACGCCAGGUUUGGUUAGACAGGGGCCUGUAAUUGCUGCUGCUGCCGAAUCACCAGAGAGCCGUUCCGCGACCUCCGAUGCGACAUCUGAUCAUAGCGCUUCCGACUCCCGGCCGCCAUCUGCUGCGGCGGCAUCGGUAUCAGAAAUUGGAGAUUCGACACAAGCGUCGUCCAUCUCAGACUCAACAGAUGAGACCAUUCAGCCACGGAAACCAUCGAUUGGGGAACUCAGUGAUGGGGAAGACGACGGGCCAGAGGAAAUCGCAGAGAUAUUGGAGGAAGCCGGUCUCGAUCUCCAUGCGAACGAGCGCAGUGACACACUGAGCUCUGCGGAGACGGUAGCGGACACUGUGCAGCCGAAUGCGUCGCCGUUGGCCUCCGAGGAGCCGAUAGUACCAACCGGAGGUGACCAGGUGCUGCCUGGUGCUGUUGAAUCGGUGCAGGAGGUUGUUGUGGAUGAUACAACUGCCAAGAAAGCGCCAAUAGGUAAACAUAGCCACGACUCCGACAUCAAGACGACGAUUGUCCAGCUGCCAGCUCAGAACGAGGAAACAACAUCGACACCCCCAGACGAGACUUUGUCGGCCAAAGUCCCACUCGACGAUCAGAAGUCCUUCUCAUCAUCAAAAUCCCCAAGAACGCCCAGUCUGAAGAGCAAAUUCUCGACGCAGGAUCUGAGAGCCGCCACUGCCGCGACAGAGCCGGUGCCCUCGUUGCCACAAAUUAUUGCGCACAACAGCUCUUCAGCCGGCUCCCAGAGAAGUAAUGUUGACGGCGCCAAGAAACCCUCGGCAGAUGCUAGGGAGCCAAUGGCUAUGCAGCCGCCAUCCUCACAACCUGUCCAGCGCAAGGUCUCCGUCGAGCCAAUCAAGACAGAUCUGGCAGACCAGAAGGACGCCGAGUCCGACUCUGACGAUUCUGAUGAUGAUGCUGACCUUAUGGAUGAGAUUGCAUCGGCAACAGUCGAGGAAGCUAAACCCAUGAUGGUCUCGAAAUCACCUAUUGUGCCCGUAUUUCCCACCAUCGACCCCCCUAGGCCGUCUCGAGGACUUUCACCUCAGCCGUCUUUGACGCGCACCGUCUCUAAUCCUCUGCGCGGCCCCUUACUGGCACCUAGCGAUGUGUCACAAAGCUCAGCGAGGAGUGUAUCUGCUGGUGGCGCUGCCUUCCUGCACAACAUCACUCGGCAGCCCUCCGGGGCCAGCCUGCAGUCGAAGAAGGGCAAUGUGGGCUCCAGCAUCUCGCAGCGUAUCAAGGCACUUGAGCAACUUUCCAGCACGUCUGGGCCGCCAGAUACCAAGGCCCGGCCCGUGACGCCAUCCUCGACAUUCUUUGCUGUGCGCAAAGCCAGCGUUCGACAGCCAUCUAAAUCUCCUUCCGUCACUGAUCGUGCACACGUUCUGUCGUCACAGUGCCCAACGCCCGAAGCACUAGACUCGCGGCCGGGAACACCCGAGGUGACGCCGGAAUUCAUCCGGAGGGAGCGAACCAAUUCCAUGGCAAAUAGGCUCAGCAUGUUUGAGGGCCACAAUCUGCCACGCGGUCGGCCAGAGUCUAUCCAGGUGACUGCGCGAAUCUUGCGUGAUGGCCACGAUGGUUUCUUGAAGAAGCUUGAGCCUCACAAGACGGGCCCGAUUGAGCUUAAGCAGUCCCCUCUCAUCGUUGACGUGCACCCGAAAAAGCCUAAAACUUCCGAUGGCAUCUCCUCCAAGGCUAAUCAACUGACAGACUUCACCAAGGAGCCUCUGCCAGACCGCAAGAAGUCUACAGAUCAUGUGAUGGAAGAACUCUCAGACCACCGGCGCAGAUCAUCUUUGAACCUCGUGCGUGGUCUUCUUGGAAAGUCGAACGACAAUCUUGCACCAAUCUCUCCUGGUGUGGCAUCGUUGAACUCGCCUGCCCGUGCUUCCACCUUCGGACAGAGUGGUCACCGUACCUCUGCAAGCCGGGAUAUCGAUACUGCCAGCUCGCAACCUACAUCUCCUCCGUUGCUCAGUGAUAACGAGACCGAGGACGACUCCAAGGCGGACAAGAAGGACACACGCGCUUCGCGCUUCAUGCGGCGAUUCUCGAGCUCCUUCGGCAGCGCUCGCAAGGCGGCCACACCCCCAGCCGUCUCACCCACGGUAGCGGAAGAACCAACAUUCCAGGCCCCGAAACAGGUCGCCCCAGCCCCGUUCGACGCACAGCAGAGCAUCGCAGCGUAUAUCGGUGAUGUGAAUGUGCAGUUCCCCGACAACCUCCUCUGGAAACGGCGCAGCCUGUGCCUCGACACGCAGGGAUGGCUUAUCCUCAGUGCUGUGCAAGGUGCAACAGCAGGUGCGAAGGACAAGUUGGCCGGUGCUGGUGUCAAGCGCUACCACAUGAGCGAGUUCAAGAAGCCUUACGCGCCGGACGUCGAAGUCCAAGAGCUGCCGAACAGCGUCGUGUUGGAUCUCCUUCAAGGAUCUUGUCUGCAGGUGGCUUGCGGCGACCGUUCUGGGCAGAGCCAGACACUCGACGUUCUCCUGGAAGCCCAUCAAAAACACAGCUCUUAG